AUGAGCCCUUUUGACGACAGGGACAUCUCCUGGGAGCUUGAAAGGAUUCCUCCAGAAGCGCUGGAGCGGGUCGAAGAGUGGUAUACAAAUAGCGACGAUUCAGCGCUUCGAGAACGCCUUGCAUCGCUCGCCAAUCUGGUUAAUGACCUGAACCUGCAGUUUAGCAGGGAGCGUGACAUGGAUACUUCGGCGGAUAUCAUCAACUUUCAACGUGCUAUAUUGGAUAUUACUCCCCCAUUGCGCCGAGAACGUCUUACAUCCGUUGUCAACCUCGCGAAUAGCCUGGACAAGCGAUUCAAGGCGAAGGGCGGUAUCGAAGAUUUGGGUCAAGUCAUCGACCUCCGACGCGCUGCCUUGCAGCUCACUUUCCCGGGGCACCAAGGACGUGUGAUGUCUCUUGACGACCUUGCAAAUGCCCCUAAAGAGGAUGGCGAUAUGGAUGACUUGAAGGAAGCUAUUACCCUCCGACGUGCUUCCCCGCAGCUCACUUCUCCGGGGCAUCAAGGGGACGUCGCGUCCCUCGACAACCUUGCGAAUAGCCUGCUCGAACGAUUCAGGAGGGAGGCCGAUGCAUCAGACUUGGAGGAAAUUAUUGUUCUUCGGUGCGCUGCCUUGCAACUCACUCCCCCGGGGCGCCAAGGACAUGUCGUCUUUCUCGAUAAUCUUGCGGAUAGCCUGCACGAACGGCACAGGCGUGAGGCAGGUGCAUCAGACUUGGCAGAAAUCGUUCGCCUCCGAUGCACUGCCUUGCAGUUCACUCCACCAGAGCAUCCGGAACACCCCGUGUUUCUUGCCAAGCUGUUGGAUUGUCUCGAUGAGCGGUUUAGCAGGGAGGGUGGCACAAAGGAUUUGACGGAAAUCAUUACCCUCCGACUUACUGCCUUGCAAUUCACUCCCCCCGGUCAUCCAGGACGCUUCGCGUCUCUUGUCAGCCUCUCAAAUAGCCUGCACGAGCGUUUCAGAAGAGGCGACGACUUGGCAGAUUUAGAUGAAGUUAUAACUCUCCGCCGAACUGCACUAGAAUGCACUCCACCAUCACCUUCCGACAAGUGCAUGUCUCUAUUAAACCUCGCGACAUGUCUCCGUGAAAAAUACCAGAGGCUAUGUGUCAAGGAUGAUUUGGCUGAGGCUGUCACGCAUGCUCGGUGCUACCCUGGCGCUCUGCCCUUUGGAACAUUAUGA